UCGUUUUUCUCCACAGAGAAAAACAAAAUAAAAUCAGGGCGAAAAAAUUUAGUUUAAGAAACCCUAAUUGUUAAACACUCUGAUUUAAAAAGAAUAUUUUCGUAAUUAAACACUCUAAUUUCUCUGACAUAAUCUUUUGUGUUUUUUCUUGGGCUCUGUAAACGUAUCUGAUCAUAUUAAGACACCACUGUCGUGGUUUGAAUUAUUCCUCUUCGUCUUCUUUGAACUGAGGUCGUUAGAUGAGUUCAGUUGCUGUCGCUUUACUUGAUGGGUUCCUUUCGCUUUCGCUAGAGAACUUUGGAGGGAUUUAUGCUGGGUCCUUUGCUUCCUCUUCACUAUGAUGACUAUUUGUCAAACAUGUGGUGACAGAGGCUUCUCCAAUGCCUUAAUUUUUUGUCACGAAUGCCAGGUUUACGCUGUGCAUCGCUAUUGCUUAGAUGUAUUGCCAGCAACUUUUGAUGAAUAUGUGGUCUGGUUAUGUGAGGAUUGUGAAUCAAAGACUCUACAACUGUCCUUUCCUGAUGAGCGUAGCCCUUUCCAAGUCAGGGAAAAUGACUUUGAAAGUUUUGGAAGUGUUCAAGUGAAGAAAAAGAAAAAUGUCAAGAAAAAAUUGAAAAAGAAAUCCAAGAGAAAAGACAAUACUCAACGAGGUAACUCAGCAGUUAUAGGACAUGGAAAAAGCUCCUCUCUUCAACCUCAAGAGGUGCAUUGCUCAGAGAAUAGUGAGAGAGAUCAAGAAUUUGUAAGGCAAGAUGUAUUGAAUGACUGCAACUUUGAUGAAGCGGUCGAAUCUCUUCAGAGUAAAAACUCUCAACUGGAUCUUGGAGACUUUAAACCAGUUGAGAUGAGUUGCUGUGAGGAUGGAGAGAUAGAUGAGAAGCAUGGAAGACAGGAUCUUUUGGGUGAAGCCGACUUCCUUGAAGAGGGAGAAUUUCUUAAAACUGAAAAAUCUCUAGUAGCUGUACCCCUGAAGGCUAGUUCUUUGUAUGAGGAGAUCAAUCAGAAGCUUGUAAGGCAGAACAUUCUGCAUGAUGAUUUUGUCUAUGAAGACGCUAAAAGACUGAAUGGUUUAAAUAAGAGAUGUGUCCACGAAGAUAGCAAUCCUCCUAAAAUAAAUGACAAUCAACUGGCUAGAUUUGAUAUCCAUCCACUUGCAGUGGACUACAGCAUGGAUGGAGAGAAAGAUAAUAACCUUGGGAGAUGGAAUAAUUUGGAUGAAGGCAGUUGUUGCGAGGAGGCUGAACCUGAAAACCGUCAGCUAGUUAUUUGUGAUCCCUCAAACAUUUUAGAACAGAAUUUUGCUGUCCGUGCACAGCCAAUAAUAGAUCAAAUUUGGAGGGGAAGCUUGAGCGUUUUGGGUAAACAUUUUGGUACAGUUGGACUUGUUGCUCAUUUAUCUAACUUGGCAGGCUCUAGUGUAUAUGAGGAAGCAAAAUCAUUUCCAACAUUGCUUUCACCAGAAUUACGACCGAGGUCUGCUAUCUGGCCUAAAAGUUUUGCAAAUAAAGGACCAAGUGAUGAGAAUAUCGCUCUUUUCUUUUUUCCUGACAAUGACAGGAAUGAAAAGAAAUAUGACAGCUUAGUGAAUGACAUGAUCCACCAUGACCGAGCCAUGAGAGCUGUUCUUCAAAAUGCAGAACUCCUGAUUUUCACUUCUACCACACUGCCAAUAGAUUUUUGGAGAUUCAAAGCGAAAUUUUUCUUGUGGGGAGUAUUCAAGGGAAAGCAGCCACUGCGCAAAGCUGGUGAUGCAGCUUCUGUGGAGGAGAAAAGCCUCGUCAAGACCUUAACUUGUGAUAGACACAAGAGUCCUGUUAGUCCAUUAAGCAAUGGUAGUUAUGGAUGUGGCUCUAUUUCUUCUGCACUUUGUCCAUCAACACUUUGAGCUGUUAAUAUAAUAUAUAUGGUGGCUAGUUUCUGCUAGUGGCAAUGCCCAUUUCAACUGUACAAAGGAUAAUAAAACUUGUCAAUCGUCAUUCAGCUAUUUUUUGUGGGGA